CGUCGCGGAUAAACGAAUUUCGGAAGCUACAAAAUUCGCUAAAAGCCUGUGCGUUAUAUUAUCCCUAAACGGUAAAAGUUGUGCGUGCGCGUUUUCACUUGAUUUGCAAAGUUAUCAAUAAAAAAAACAAACCAAUUGAGACGCGUGUUAUUCAGACUUUGCAAACGAAAGCAACGGGUAAAUCGAGUUCGAACUAACGGUGUACACAGAAAACUUUGUUUCGGAUUAGUUGAAUUGGCUUUCGGAAUCGCCACAACCGACGAUCGACUGAUCGCUUUCCACCUUACUGGGGCACAAACUGGAAUGACGAAAGUCAGGAUCCACCAGCACCGAAGUCCAAUCAGCAGAAUGGCCGCCAGCAGUAGCGUAAUCACGUUUGGUUGCCUCCUGGCCCUGGGCCACAUUCUGGCGCCCACCGAGGCCAAUGUGCACCCAGUGCUCACGCACAAGAACGCCUCCUCCCUGCUGGGCCAGCUGGUCACCUCGAGCACCCUGGUCUGGGAGAGCUACGAUCCGAAGGAUGCCACGCAGCUGUCGUUCGCCGUCGAGGGCGGAAAGUACAUCACGGAGGACGAGCAUUACCCGAUCUAUGUUUGCCGGGUGACCAUCGACGGGGUGCACACCUCCGGCCACACCGAGAAGAUCCUGCAGCGCCACAGGUGCGUGGCGGCCCACUACAAGCACGGAAAGUACGACAACUUCGACGUCCUGAUGAACAAGGGGCACCUGGGCAAGGUCGGCUGGAAGCACUGGCGCAAGUUCGAUGCUGGCGUCCCAGUGGGCGCCAUUCGCAUUGGAGACGACUCGUUCAUUGGCCGCCAUCGGGCCACGCAUCAGCCGAACUCGGAGGGCAUCGCAACCCACUGGGGCGCAGACUUCAACCUGGGUCGCCUCGAUCCCCUGGGUCUGGGCAAAAUCAUGGUCAUCGAGAACGAUCGCGAGAAGUACUACGACGAUGGCGAAGUGCUGAUCGAGACGGAGCCGUUCCGCUACGAGCUGCGGGACAUCAAACUGGACCGCAUACGCACCGACCUGCGACAGAACCUAACCGAGCUGGCCACUGGCAAACUGGAGAAUCUGGGCGAUAAGUACAGCACCGUGGAGACCGUGAUGACCUACAGCUUCGACUAUAUUCAGUACUGGGGAUCCCAUGACGGUGUGGCGCGUGGACUGCCCACAAAAAUAUUCGAAAAGGAUAUCAUUAUCCCAGCGGAAAUCAACUGGGCCCUGAAGACCAGCGAGAAACGGUUCGAGAACAAGGCGGUGCAGACCAAGUUGUGGCCGGGAACAGCCAUCAAUGUGACGCUGCGUGGCACCUAUGUGACCCUGGAGGCACCAUACACUGCCAAACUGUUUGCCUUCUACUACGGCAGUGACGAGAGUGUUUCCCGGAAGAUAAGCGCCGAUGUUCGCAAGAGCUACUUGAAGGAGGUGAAGCUGGAGUUCAGCCCCGUCUACUGGAUUGAAAACGGCACGCUUGUGCCCACAACGACAACAACAACGACUACCUCCACCUCGACCACAACACAUGCCACCACCACCAGCACCAACGAGCCGACACCCAUAAACGAGCCUCCACUGGUACAUGUGAAGCACAUGGGGGAGAAGCACUCGGGUCCCGAUAGCCUGGAGAAAACACUGCACGACUCGCCGGGGAGCAACGAGGUGAACUCGCACGAGGCGCCCGAGAAUAUGUCCUCGAAUCCCGGCAAGGAUGUGGCGCUGGCCGGCUUCGGAGUGAACGCAGCGGGAUCGAUAGCAACAGCAGGAUCUGCUUGCAUGACGCUACUCCUAACACUGUUCUUGAGUCUGUAGAUGGAAUUGUAAUCUGGACUUAGUGUAGCGUUUAAUUGUUGUUGUUGUACCUGUUGUACCCGUCUUUGAGAGCAAAUGGAGAAGAGAAAGAAUGAGAAUUGAGGAAAUUACAAGAAGACAGCUAGACAGAGAGAGAAGGAGAGAAGUAGGGCAUAUAGGAAAUACUCGUAGGAAUCGGGCAGAUGUUCUGGCGGAUGUGGAAAUGGAAAGCAAAAGUUGAUAUUUUUUAUACUUGUCCCAAGGCUUCUUCUUCUACAAAAAACCCCUGAAAAAGGUAAUCCAAAUCCAAAUUGCAAUUAAAACUAAUGAAAAGAAACAAGAAAACGAGAAACCAGAAACCAGAAACCAGAAACAAGAAACAAGAAACAAAACAUUCCUAAACCAAAUCCCUCACAAAAGGAAAUGAAUCAAAAGUUUAGAUAUUAAUACGUACUGUACUACUUUUACUCGUAUGAAGAAUAUUUGAAACGUUUUUGAGUUGCUUUGCAAAACAGAAUGUUUAAUGAAAAUUCGAAUGGCUUCUCAUUUAUUUAGUUUGCUAAGCGGUAAUGUAAUCGAUAAUCGAGUAGGAAAAGUAAUGACUAAUGAAAUGACAAUUGAAUAAGCGACGAUAUUAUUUAAUUUGAUGCGUUCAAUAACGAUACGACGAUGUAUGAUGUAUGUAUAUGUCUAAAAAUUAAAGCCUAUGUAAAACAUAAGUAUAUAUGUAUCUACCGUAAGUGUAAGUGAAACACUCCAAAUAUGUAAAUUAGAAACUAUUUCUUUGAAUCUUUCAAUUUAAGUAUGUUUUGCUCGCUGACCAGCCUUAUUUUUUAAGUUAAUUCGGAUCCAUUUAACCCGGUAAACACACGAUGAGAACGGAUUCCCUUAUUUCAAAUUAAAAUCAAAUAAAAAGCUUGUACAUUUUAAUCGAACGAAAAUGCA